GGAUGUUUGGUGGUCGCAAAGAUGUGCAAAAGCACAGAAACGAAACGACGAUGGCCACUUUGAAAGUUUUGAUUUGUCACACUUGUUAUUCGUCUUCGUCACGGCUGACGUCGCCGCCAGAUAUUUCUCCUUCCUCGACCUCCCGUACCAGCGGAUUGAUAAGACCCCCCAACUCGGCCAUCGCUUGCCUGCUCCGACCCCGAGCUCCCGAGCCCUUCCUAGCCCCCGUUGCUCUUGCUCGACCCAGACGCAGAGCCAGUGUUUCUGCGACGAUGGCAUCUGGAGUUAAAGAGGUUCUUCCUCCGGCUCUUACCUCUACUUCAGACCCGCCUCCAAUCUUUGAUGGAACGACAAGAUUAUACAUCUCUUACACAUGCCCUUUCGCACAGCGUGUGUGGAUUACCCGGAACUGCAAGGGACUGCAGGAUCAGAUCAAAUUGGUCCCUAUUGAUCUGCAAAACAGGCCUGCUUGGUACAAGGAGAAAGUCUACCCAGCUAACAAGGUGCCGGCCUUGGAACACAACAAUAAAGUACUAGGAGAGAGUCUGGAUCUAAUUAAGUAUUUAGAAGCUAACUUUGGAGGGCCUUCACUUUUGCCCGAGGAUCCUGCAAAGAAAGAGUUUGCAGAGGAGCUCUUCUCAUACACCGACACGUUCAGCAAGUCCGUGGUCUCCUCCUUCAAAGGAGAAGGGGACGACCAAGCUGCUGGUGCAUUUGAUUUCAUUGAGAAAGCCCUUUCCAAAUUUGAGGACGGACCUUUCUUCCUGGGGCAGUUCAGCCUGGUUGAUAUUGCUUAUGCUCCAUUUAUUGAAAGAUUUAGGCCAUAUCUACAAGAAGUGAAAGGCAUUGAUAUUACAGUAGGCAGGCCAAAACUAGCAACCUGGAUUGAGGAGAUGAACAAAAACGAGGCUUACGCUCAAACCCGCCAAGACCCCAAGGAGCUUGUCGAAAGCUACAAGAAACGAUUCCAGGCCCAGCUCUGAUCCGUCUGGCUGAUCAUGAGGGCCCAAGUGGUCUAUUAUCACCUCCCUAAGAGUUAAAGAGUGAAUAUGGAUGUCUGGUAUCGCAGAGAAGCUAUGUCUAUUAAGACUAAGAGCAGCAUUCCCGCAGUUUCUCUUGUUUCUGUGUUGCGAAUUUGAAGUACUCUAUUGAUAAAAGGGCAGUAAUAGCCAAUGCAAUAAAGCUCAUCAGGCUCUUCUAAUUUUUACUCCAUCGUGAAUUGUAAAGUCAAACUGAACUCAAUCGUCGGUUGUUAUUUGACACAUCUUCUUAUUCGUUCUAAGAUCGAUCAAAUAUCGUGAGGACUUUGCUUAUGCCGUGAACAGAUUGAGGAUUUUAGGUA